AUGUGGCAGCAUUAUGGUAUUGGAGUUGCCUUUUCCAAGAAAACAACCGUACCGCCCGUUCACGUUGUCAAAGCCACAACUCCAAUGUUUGAGAAGUUUUUGGAUAGGGUUGAGUUUCAGCCUCAUGAUUGUACUGAAGAUUUUAAGUUUAAGGUAAAGACCGUCCCUGCUGGACAAAACGUCACCCUGACAUGCCCUCGUCAGACUGCUACUCUCUACCAAGAAACUUUGUACUGGAUCCGACUGGUUUCUGGAAACUGGCCUGAAUUUCUGGGUGCAACAUUUAACUUUGAGUUUGAUGAAGUUUCAAAGAUUCCUUACAUUGAGACAAAACAGGACCAAGGAGAAUUCCUUCUUCAUAUUAAUGAAGCUCAACAAAAUGAUACUGGACUUUAUUACUGUAUUAAAGUCAGACAACUUGACUUCAUAUUUAUGAAUGGAACAUUUUUAAAGAUUAAAGGAGAUAAAUCAGAUGUAACUGCUGUUCUUCAGAAGCCUCCAUCUGGUCCAGUUUAUCCAGAACUUCCAGAGGCUUUACAGUGUUCAGUUCUGUCCAACUCAGAGAGGUCAACAUGUCCAGCAGAUAACAGAGUGUACUGGUUCAAAGCUGGGUCAGAUGACUCUCAUCCCAGUCUACUUUAUUUACAGGGAAACAGUUUAGAUGAAUGUGAGAAGAUUUCUGAAGCUCCAUCGAUACAAAAAUGUUUCUACAACUUCUCUGAGACUGUAGACCCUGGAACUUAUUACUGUGCUGUGGCUGCAUGUGGUCAGAUAUUAUUUGGAAAUGGAGAAAAGCUUGAUAGCAAAGCCUUUGAAGCUCUGCAAUCGAACAGAGGACUAAGCAAAAACCUGCAGGCAAAUGUUUACACUGCUGUCAUCUUCACAGUAAUUAAUCCAGAGGGUGAAAAAAAGAAGGCAUACACAGAGACAAAGGGGAUAUAUGCGGCUGUUGUGUCUUUUGUACAUGAGUACUGAUCAAAUACCAAAUAAAUCUGGUAAUGAUUACUUUGAAAUUUGGCAAGUAAAGUAUAAGUACAGACUUUUACAAAAUUUGGAAAGCUAACAUA